UUUUAUGAAUUAAAGUUGGAGAUAAAAGUUUGAGAAAGAUAAAUAAUAUCCUAGGCACCCUAUGGCACACAAAAAUGGUAAUCCAUUUUUUCAUUAUUUAAAGGUGGUGUUCAUAUGAAUUAAGAAGAUGAUACAAAGCUGUUUUAGAUUGCAGGAGCAAUGAUUAAAUAAAUUGGUUCAAAAAUUGCAAAAGGAGAUUUCAAUUUAGCCACUAUUACAAAACCUAUUUGUUUAACAGCUCCUAAAACAGCUAAUGAAUGCUCAACAUUGUAUUUUGUUAUUUAUAAGGAUUAAGCGAUCAUGAUUAUGCCAACAUCUAUCUUACAGAAGCGGCUAAAUGCAAAGAUCCUCUAUAAAGAAUGUAGUUGGUUGUAACAAAUGAAAUUGCCUAUUUACAUGGAACACAUACUUAUUUGAGAUCAUUGGCACCUAUUGAUCCUAUGAUUGGAGAAACAUGUUAAAAAGUAAAAGAUGAUGGGACAGCAUUUUAUUGUGAAUUUAUAAAAUCUGAUCCUCCUACAACAUUAUAUUAAAUUUAUGGAAAUGGUUGGUAAAUCUAUGGUUCAGAAGAAGUUUUGGCAGAAAUACAUCCAACAUUUACAUAGAUUAUUGGAAAAAACCUGAAACCAAAAUACAUAAAAUUUGCAGAUGGAAAAGUUUAUGAAAUAAAGGUACCUGCAAUGAUAAUAAAUGGAGUAAUGAAAGGAGAUCGAAUUUUAAAUAAAUUAGAUAGUUUUACAAUAAAAUGUGUAUAAGAUAAAUUGGUUGCAUAAAUAAAUUUUAGUUAUGUAUAUGAAGGGAGUGCUUAGAAAAUAAAAAAUAAAUUGAUGUUUUGGUCUCAGUAAUAGAAACCACUUUCAGAUUUGGUUGAUGUAAAGAUUAAUAAAUUAAUUAAUGUAAUAAAUAAUAUUAUUAAAAAGACUGAUGAUGAUGAUGAAGAUUAAGUAUUUACUUUAUCAAAAGGAUCAGGAUCAUGGUUAUCACAUUUUGAGAUUGAUGGUGAAGUAUUAUGGAGAAUAGAUGAUCCAAUAUUACCAUGGAAGGAACCUUAAUGUAUAUUACCAAGUGAUUCUAUAUAUAGAGAGGAUAAAAUAUUGAUGCUAAAAGGAGAUGAUGAUACAGCUUAAAGGUAUUCUUUAAUUUUUAAUAAUAACAGUUGUCGUAAUAAAAUUGAAGAACUUGGAUUGAAGGAUUAGAAUUUAAGAAAAAAGAGGAAAUGAGAUAUUUGAUAGAAAGUAAAG